ACCAGGGUAGAAACGCUCCCUUCAUUAAAAGCUUCUUGGCUGCUGCUCCCAAGUCCGCUACGCUCCAGAAAAUGGUUGAGUAAACAGAUGGUCUGUAAGACAGGUUGCGGUACCAUCGGAUAGUUCUGGCGGGAUAUCAUCAAGUAUCUGAGGCCUUAUUUAACUUAAGAGUGUCAGCGUUAUAUAAGGAGGGGUUUGUUAAAAAGUAAACCGAACAUACGGGUUCUUCAGAGGAAGCUCGGCUAAUUUGUUAGCUUACCACUAUUAGCAGACGUGUUGUAUGUGGUAUUCCAGUUUUCUUUGCUUUUAAACACUCAGGUGCACAAUCUGGGACAGAUUUCACUUCCAAACCCGAGUAAAUAUGAUUAAUUUAGCCGGUGUGAGUUAGCGAGUUUAGCUAUUUUAGUUAGGGUGACAGUGGAUGCAGGAGGCCUGGGCCACAACUGCAGGACAAAUUGAGCCUAAAAUACAAUUUAACAUGUCCAUCUGAUCUCACGGUAUAUAAGCUACAUGAUCAGCAGGUGUGUCAAAGGCUCUGAAGCUUUAGUAGUUUUAUAGGUCGCGAGGUUAUGAUGACAUGGUAGGAGUGCAAGCAGCCUUGCCCACUAACACCCUUAAAAAUUCAGAAUCUGUUUGGGCGUUUUGUGGUGAUAUCUGAAGGUCAGUCCAGUUUUGGUGACCCAGGACCAUCAUUAGUGUGUGCUGAUGUUGUGUGGCUGGCCUGCUCAACUGGAUCUACGCACAUUGCUGUCUGUCUGACCUCAGUUGGUCUUUCUCCUUAACAAGUUACUGAACAACGACCACCAUGUCCGACAACCAGGGCAAUCUGAACAACAACAACGUUCCUCUGAACAACAACAAUAACGGUGGGCCGAACCGGAUCCGGAACCCCGCGAUGAAUCAGAAUCCCUUGAUCAACGUGAGAGACAGACUCUUCCACGCCUUAUUCUUUAAGAUGGCAGUCACAUAUGCCAGACUCUUCCCACCAUCCUUCAGACGAAUAUUCGAGUUCUUAGUCUUGUUAAAGGCAUUGUUUAUGCUCUUCAUCCUGGCCUACAUCCACAUUGCCUUCUCACGCUCUCCAAUCAACUGCCUAGAGCAUGUGCGGGAGAAAUGGCCCCGUGAUGGCAUCCUGCGUGUGGAGAUCCAGCGCAACUCCAGCCGUGCACCCAUCUUUCUUCAGUUCUACGAGACGGAGGGAAUCCAGGGGCUCGUGAAGGAAUCAGAAGAGGAUGGAAGUGAAACCAGACAGCCAAUGGUGCCGGCAGAUGCUGAAGAGGAGGAAGAGAUGACCAUGGAGAUGUUUGACAACAGCACAGUACAGUUUGAGCUGGACAUCGAGCCGCGACUGAAUCCGUCGAUGAGCGGCGGUGUUCCUGGCUCCAGCCUGAAUGAAUCCCAGGAUCUGUCCUUCAGCCAGGCCCCCUCUAAAGGUAUGCAGCCGCUGAGGGAGACUGUCUCCGAGAUUGAGAUGCUAACUCGAGCAGUGUGGCCCCAAGAAGAGUAUAUUGUCGAAUAUUCUCUGGAAUACGGUUUCCUUCGGCUGUCCCAGGCCACACGUCAGCGACUCAACAUCCCUGUUAUGGUGGUGACCCUGGACCCCAUGAAGGAUCAGUGCUUUGGAGAUGGUUUCAGUCGCUUCCUCCUGGACGAAUGCCUGGGUUAUGAUGAUAUCCUGAUGUCCAGUGUGAAGGCUUUAGCAGAGAAUGAGGAAAACAAGGGGUUCUUGAGGAACGUGGUCUCUGGAGAACACUACCGUUUUGUCAGUAUGUGGAUGGCUCGUACCUCCUACCUGGCAGCCUUUGUAAUCAUGGUUAUCUUUACUCUGUCCGUUUCCAUGUUGCUGCGGUACUCACACCACCAGAUUUUUGUCUUUAUAGUGGAUCUUCUCCAGAUGUUGGAGAUGAAUAUGACCAUUGCUUUCCCUGCCGCCCCUCUUCUCACUGUCAUCCUAGCACUUGUGGGGAUGGAGGCCAUCAUGUCUGAGUUUUUCAAUGACACAACCACUGCCUUCUACAUCAUCCUCAUUGUUUGGUUAGCGGACCAAUAUGAUGCCAUCUGCUGUCACACCAAUACAAGCAAGCGCCACUGGCUUAGAUUUUUUUAUCUGUAUCACUUUGCCUUCUAUGCGUAUCAUUACCGCUUUAAUGGCCAGUACAGCAGCUUGGCUCUGGUCACUUCCUGGCUCUUCAUUCAGCACUCGAUGAUCUAUUUUUUCCACCACUAUGAGCUGCCGGCCAUCCUGCAACAGAUCCGGAUCCAGGAGAUGCUGCUUCAGAACCAGCAGGUGGGCCAAGGAAACCAGACUGCAUUGCAGGACAAUCUUAACAACAACACUAGCAAUGCUGCGCCCGCCGGCCAGGCUAACGCAGCUGCUAAUGUGAAUGGCCAGGACCGGCAAGCCGCUCAGGACCAACCUCAGCUUGAAAACCACAACGGAUUGGUGGUAAAUCCCGGUCUGCCCGUCAACUCAUCCAGUUCCGACCUCGACUGGAUGGCUGAGAUCGCCAUAGGCCCAGACGUUCUGUCCGUUACACACCUGGGCGACUCUCUUUUGGAGCCGGGAGGGAUCCAACAGCCAAUGUCGUCUGGCGCAGGUGUAACAGAGUUGCACAGUAUGAGCACAGCAGGAGAGAACCAAGAUGGAAACAUUAGCGCAGCCAAUGCUCCUGCGGUUGACAUGAAGGGCCGGGGUUGCGCUCAGGGUCUGGGGCCCCCUGGUGGUGGAGGUGGGCAGAUGGAAUCUGAAACGAAUCCUACUUCCUCCCCAAUGACCUCACACACAGACUGCAGAGCAGCAGAAAUGCACAAGGGUGCCACGGACUGGGACGACAAGGCAAAGAACAAAAGCGAAAGCUCGGACUCCCACUCCGCCCCGGCUUGAGUCGCUUACUCGGUCGCCCCCAUUCGGAAAAAAAUAAUCCACGCUCUACAGUCGCCACCCCUCUCUGUAAAUUAAUCCAGAAGGCAUCAAGAGGAGAAGCUGUGAUGGAGCUUUAUGUAAUUACAUCCUGGAAACCUCUGAUGUGAACAUGAAGAGGGCAGAAGCAGAACUUCCGCCAUCUAGUCAUAUUCUUAAGAGUAAAUACGCAUUGAAUUGUCAAAAUGAUGCCAUGUGUGAGGGUGUGAUCAUUUGGAGACUUUACAUGUGAUUUUUUUUUUUUUUUUUUUUUUUUUUUUUUUUUUUUUUGAUUGGAAACUUUUAAUACAGGGAGAAUUCAGUUUGAAAUGUGAUGUAUCGUUCAGUUAUGGUACUUUUUGGGGCUCCUGAUUAUGGAGCUGCAGGUAUCAGCAGGCCGCGUGAGCGGCAAUCUUACUUUAAAUCCAAAUACACAUCGCAUAUUGCACAUCUUGUGCGAGGAUUGUUUUUGCUCUCUUUCCAUUCCUCUAAUGAUAACAUUAAUGCUGAGAAUUCAUUUAGAAUGAUGUUUUGGUCCCUACUAAAGUUCACUACAGCAAGCCACCAAAUGUUCCUUACCCGAUUUAAAAUCUAGCUCAUGGCCAUUGUGUUCAGGUAUGGUAUUAUCAUAUAUGUACGGAGCAGUUUGACCACUAAAUUUGAUGCUAUUCAUGGUAAGAGUUCUCUGAUGUUGGUAUAUAGGUUGGGCUGUCAGUCAAAGAAGUGGACAGGUGACGACAGAGAAUCAUUAUACUCAGAAUAAGUCCUCCUUCCACAUAAUCCUCUUUGAAAACUGUCAUGGGGUCAUUUCUGUAUUUUCUAAUCCUCAUCAAGAGACAUUUGUUCUUGUGGUUAGUUUAGGCAGAUGUUUUCGUCUUUUGCACAAACUCAUCACAGUCUGUGGUUUUUCAGGUCAAGUCUGGCUUUGAGAGAGAGGGUGUAUAGAUUAUUGCCUUAUGCAUCUAAAACCGAACAUUAACCUUGUAUUUCCAUCUUUGGGAAGUACAUUGGGGUCGAUAGCCUUACCACAGGCUUCAAAGCCAUUAGAGAAAAAAGUCAUAAGAAAUGACAACUGAAGCAAGAGUGAACAUGUCAUUAUUUUUAACAGAUAUUACUUAAAUCAUACGUAAGCAGUGAAUGUCAGACUGUUAAAUUCACAGCAUUGCCGCCCUUCAGCUAAAGUCACUGAUCCAGAAGUCCAUUGUCUUUUCAUAUUCUGCUUUUGUAGAGGUUUCUCCAUGUGUUUGACUUGGGAAGAUCGGUGGCUGUCCAACGACAGGACAAGUUUGUUGAUCUUCAUGACCGUUUGAAAAAACUACUAAAAGUAAGAGAACAAAAAACGGAAUCUCUUGUGUUUUAUGACAUAGGACUGUGGAUGGGGGAAGAUCAUUUAAAGGCUAUGCAACAAUAUGGCAGGCUUCCAGGCUCUGGAUUUUUUUUUUUUUUUUUAAUUCAAAUUGUGCAAUAUUUUGUGAGGAUUCCAGGUCUGAAAGAGCGAUUUAUGGUUUUAUGAUCAAUUCCUCUUUAUUAUAUACAUAUAUAUUUUUUUUUUCUUCUGUGCCUAUUUGCCAUUGUCAGAUGAAGCGGAUGAUUGUAGUGUUUAGAUUGUGUAGGAUGUCUAGACAGAAACUGGUAAGAAAAAUUCUCAGUUCUGUGAUAAACUCAAUUCCAUGUCAUUCAAAUGUAUUUAACUAAUGUUUAAAAAAACUGCAUAAAGAGACAAAAUUAAUUUCCAUUUUGAA